AUGUCCUUUCCAGUUCUUAUUGGUUCUUUUUCUCAGGAACAAAUGCUUGGAAUUGGAAGAACUGGAUUGGUAGUCCGUCAAGGACAGUUCGCCGUCAAGUUACCUCUCAAGUCGAGCACAAGUAGCGACGAAGAGGUGGAAGCAAAUAUCAAAUCACUCCAGCAUGAGCAAGCUAUCUAUCGACGCUUAAGAAGCUGUGGGGGCGUUGUUCCUUUCCUUGUUUACUCAGAGACGGUCACUAAACUCCGCCUAAUAGAAAAUGGUGAUCCACGUUCCUACUUGAGUCAAAAUAAGCCAUCUAAGUCUUUUCAGCUGGCUUGGUUUCGUUUGAUGGCUCACCUCCUUUCGAGAAUUGACGACCGGCAAUUAUUAUGGCAGUUGGAAGUUGUGAUGUAUGAGGUGCUGAGUCUACCGUUGGAGCUUAGCAACGGUACAUGGCCACGGAGGGAGGAUCUUCCCAGCAAUGAGGGUCUAUGGCUUGCUCCAGUUAUUGAAUGA